AUGGCGUCAGAAUGCACAAACACCGACACAACUGAAGGUCUGGUACCAAAGAGGAGCGGCACGUCAUUGGUGUGGAAUUUUUUUGGGUUUAAGAAAGAAGACGCUGCGCAAACUCAGGUGUUGUGCCGGACAUGCCUUGCUAUGGUUGCUACCUCACGAGGUAACACGACGAACCUCUAUCAGCAUUUGAAAAAACACCACAAGGCUAUGUAUGAUAGCUGCAUGGCUAGAAUGGCAACUACCAGUGCCUCAGCGUCAGUUAAGCAAAGUACCACCCGACAGGGAUCACUGACCGAACUGUUUGAAAGUGUUACUCCCUAUGAACAUAAUGCGAAACGGCACGUUGAAAUAACUCGGGCAAUUACGGAGUUUAUAGCGAAAGACAUGAUAUCCGUCAGUAUAGUGACCAGGCCUGGGUUUACGGCUUUGGUACACACGUUGGAUAAGCGGUAUUCAAUGCCCUCGCACACAUAUUUUAACCAAGUCGCAAUACCUGAGCUAUACAAAAAAUGCAGAGACAGAGUUGCUGCGGAGCUGAAAACAGUGGAGUUUUUUGCAACAACUACAGAUUUGUGGUCAAGCCGAACAGCGCAGCCGUACCAGAGUCUAACAGUGCAUUAUAUUGACGAGGACUUAAAUCUUAAAGCUCGCUGCCUUCAAGCUUCCUACUUCCCGGACGACCACACAGGGGAAAACAUUGCUGCUGGCUUGAAAGAGGGACUGGCUAGCUGGAAUUUACCGGAAGAAAAUCACAUCUGCAUAACGACGGACAACGCAUCAAACAUGGUGUUGGCAGCACAACUAAAUGAAUGGACCAGACUGCAGUGUUUUGGGCACCGAUUACAUCUUGCCAUCGGACAUGCACUUAAAGAUGACAGAGUGUCCAGAGCAAUAGGGCUGUGCAAGAAGCUGGUGGGGCACUUCUCCCACAGCUGGAAGAAGAAGGCAGCAAUGGCUGAAGCUCAAAGGGAACUCAAACUUCCUGAGCACUCCCUCAUCACUGAAUGCCCUACAAGAUGGGGAUCCAAAGAAAUGAUGAUUGCCAGGGUGCUAGAGCAGCUCAAAGCCAUCACUCAGGUGUUGUCAGGUGACCGAUAUGCACGCUCCCUGAUCCCAACCUGGCAGGAUAUUGAGGUGUUGGAGUCCAUUCACAAGGCACUGCAUCCUCUCCAGGAGUUUACGGAUGCUCUCUCUGGAGAGGAGUACGUCAGCAUCUCUUACUUAAAACCAGUUCUUCACCUUCUGUCCACAUCAGUCCUGGCUGAAAACCAAGAGGACACUGACCUGACAAGGUCAAUUAAGACCAAGGCCCUGGCUUACCUCACCGAUAAGUACAGUGACCCCAGCAUCCAGGAGCUUUUGGAUGUUGCAUCCUUUCUAGACCCAAGGUUCAAAACCAAGUACAUCGCUGCAGACAACAUUCCCACCAUUAAGACCCGACUCAAAACUGAAAUUAUGCAACCAGCAAGGCGUGCAUAUAACCAGGUUGGUAAUUAUCACAUUUAUGAUUCCAUAAACACAAUAUAUCUUUCUAGUUAUAAUUUAACCUCAACACUAAUUACUUCAUACUGA